CGAUCAUGGGUUCUUCUUCUAGAAAUCUUUAUGCAGGAAUUGGAGAAGGUCAAUCAACAUCUAGGCCACCGCUUUUUUUUAGGCACCAACUACACAUAUUGGAAAGAGCGGAUGAGAAUUUAUAUCCGCUCAACCAACUUCCAGUUGUGGUUGGUCAUCAAAAACAGCAAAGAAACGCCAAUGAAGAAGGUCAAUGAAAAACUUGUCCCAAAGACCAAAGACGAAUUUGAUGCCGAAGACAUCAAGAAGGUGGAGAACUACGCCAAGGCAAUCAACAUGCUGUACUGUGCGGUCAAUCCUGAUGAUUAUCGCAAGAUCUCUUGCUGCACCACUGCAAAAGAAAUGUGGGACAAGCUGGAAGUCACAUAUGAAGGUACGGACCAAGUUCGGGAAGCCAAAAUUGACUUCCUAACGCAGGAGUACGAGAUGUUCAGGAUGAAGGAAGGAGAAAAGAUCGAUGACAUGUUCGAUCGGUUUUCAAAAAUCAUCAACGACCUUCACGCUCUGAAGAAGACGUACACCAACAGGGAUCUCGUGAGGAAAAUCCUGCGUAGUCUCACACCUGAAUGGAGAUCAAAGGCUGACGCAAUCUACGAAUCCAUCGGAGUCUCCAAUGUCACCAUCGACGGGCUAAGAGGUAACCUCAAAACUUAUGAAUCUACUAUUCUAACUCCGUCUUUGGAUGAACAAAAGAAGAAGGGAAUAGCACUGAAAGCAACCAAGGAGACCGUGGAAGAAGACUCAAGCGAUGAUGACAACGAGUUCGGACUCGUCAUCAAGAAAUUCCACAAAUUUAUGAAGAAGGAAUUUGAGCGCAAAGGAAGAAAGCACGACGGUCCCCCAAACAAGGCCUAUAAACGUACCUUGACUAUUGAGGAGUCUCCUCACAUUGUAUUUUCCGAAGAUAAUCCUCGCUUGGCGAGAAAGGAUAUUUGUGAUGAUCUUGCAGAUUCAUUAGAGAGAAUACACGUUGAUGACGAUGAAGACAACACGGGAAUAUACAUCAACACACAGCCGCAAACUGGGGAGAUACCUCAAGAGACUAAUCAAGGUGAAGAAGAAAAUCAGGAGACUAAUCGAGGAAGAUCGCUGACGUCGCUGCUGCGUGUUUCCGCCGUUUGCAGACAGACCGCCGCACCGAGAUCUGAGAGUGUAGAUGCCGUCGCCCGUCAGCCACGUCGAGCAGCCACUGUUCCUACGCCGCCGUCCAUUGCCGCCGCGCAGACGCUCUAGGACUGCCGAUCCAAGGAGCUGAAAUUUUGGGGCGCAGCAGCGAAGAAAGAAAAAAAUAGUGGGCCAAUUU